AUGAUGAGGAAGAAGUUUAAGCUCGAUAAUGUGUGCAGUGUGAGUGAGUUCGCUAUCAUGUAUGGUCGGGGCGAUAACGAACCAGCGAUACGGCCAUCUCACCCGGAGACUGCACAAUUGCUGUUGAGUUUCCAAAGCUCCCCAGAAGCAGAGAGGUCCGAAGAAAUGUCGACCCAACAGGCUUACCUCCGGGAAAAGAUAGCCAUGGACCAGGAACUGCUCAACAAGUAUAAACGCAGAAACAAAAACAUGCAAAUGAACCUCUUGUUGCACCGAUUCCAUGAACAAGGGAAGAGCUUCGAAAACUUUUCAAGAGAUGAACUCUGCGACUUACUCUCCUUCUUGGAGGAAAAAAAAUCAGAGCUGAACAAAAGGAUCGCCUAUGUCGAAGGGCUAGCCCAAGCAGAAGGUAACAACAAGCCUCAGGUACCGGAUCAAGGGUUCGUUGCAGACCACAGCAGCACCAAGAACUAA